CCGGAGCCGGAGUGGGCGCAGGAGCUGUGGGCCCGAACGGGGAGUUGGAGGCGGAGCGAACGAGACACGGGCUCUCUGCGACGCUCCUGGGCGCGACCACGUUUGAGACGAGGCAGAAGCGCCGCUGCGGGACGCCCGUGCAGGGCGCGCCCAGCGCCGUCGGGCGGGCCCAGCCCUCGCGCGUGCCCGUGCGCGCGGGCGUCCGCGCCAGCCCUGACCCAGAUGACGCCGACGCCGUAUCUCCCGCUCCCGGGCAUCUGGCGCGUCUGUCACUUCGAAGCCCUCAUUGUUAGAGUCUCUCCACACGCCCUCACAAUGUCUUCCUUAAGCGGCAAAGUUCAAACCGUUCUAGGCCUGGUGGAGCCGAGUCAACUGGGCCGCACGCUGACCCAUGAACAUCUGACCAUGACGUUCGAUUUCUGCUACCACCCCCCUCCACCGUGCCAGGAAGCUGUCUCGAAGGAACCCUUCAUGCUGAAGAAUUUGUUUUGGAUUCAGAAAAACCCUUACUCCCAUAAAGAGAAUCUCCGGCUCAAUCAGGAGACAGAGGCCGUCAGGGAAGAACUGUUGCGCUUCAAAGCCAGCGGUGGGGGGACGGUGGUGGAGAACACCACGGCGGGCAUCAGCCGGGAUGUGCAGACUCUGAAGAGGCUGGCCCAAGAGACGGGGGUCCACAUCGUGGCCGGAGCUGGGUUCUAUGUGGAUGCAACUCACUCUCCACAGACAAGAGCCAUGUCCGUGGAACGGCUAACCGACGUGCUCAUGAAAGAAAUUCUCCAUGGGGCAGAUGGGACCAGCAUCAAGUGUGGCAUCAUUGGAGAAAUCGGCUGCUCGUGGCCUCUCACUGAGAGCGAAAAAAGGGUUCUCCAGGCAACUGCGCAAGCCCAGGCCCAGCUCGACUGCCCCGUGAUCAUCCACCCGGGCAGGAACUCCCGCGCGCCCUUUCAGAUCAUCCGCGUCUUGCAGGAAGCAGGCGCAGACGUCUCCAAGACUGUCAUGUCACACCUCGACAGAACCAUACUUGAUAAGAAGGAACUGCUGGAAUUUGCUCAACUUGGUUCUUACCUGGAAUAUGAUCUCUUUGGUACUGAACUCCUUCAUUACCAAUUCAACCCGGAUAUUGACAUGCCCGAUGAUAAUACAAGAAUUAGAAGGGUGCGUCUCCUGGUGGAUGAAGGCUAUGAAGAUCGAAUUCUGAUGGCACAUGACAUCCAUACGAAGCAUCGGCUGGUGAAAUAUGGGGGUCACGGCUAUUCUCAUAUACUCACCAACGUAGUUCCUAAAAUGCUGCUACGGGGUAUAACAGAACGUGCCAUUGAUAAGAUUCUAAUAGAAAACCCUCAGCGAUGGCUAACUUUCAAAUAGGGUGGCUGUUUAUGAAUUCCCAUCUUGAGCACUGAACUCACUGGGAAUGCUCUGUGACUUCCAACCCACUGGGAGCUACUCACCCAUGCAAGAUGGGAUAAAGAAGGAAUCAAGUUAUUUUUAGGAGGGUUUGAAGAAUUUUGCCUUUUCAUAAACUGGUGAUCUGCACUGGGGCCCUAAUUGAUUUCUAUUGUUUCACCUUAAAAUAAAUACACAUUCCUACUGCAAAUCCUGAUUUACAGUCUCUAUCCCCGAAGUAAAAUUGUUUGUUGUUUUAUGAAUCUCUCAGCUGCUUUACUUGAGAAAAUGCAAAGGGCUUCUAGUUAAAGCACUUCUUCUGGAGCACUUUAAUGUUUCCUGCAAUAUUGAUGAUCCCACUAAUUAUCCUGCUGUUCUUUAAUUAAUGCUUAAUGAAUAAUAUGGCACGUUAAAACAGCUUUCCCAGCGAGGGAUGUUAAAUUUCAGCUUUUUUUUUUCUCUAAAGGAUACAGUAAUACCAAUUCGCAAAGGUAAAAAUAUUAUGGCAGGUUAACUCUGUGCCACCCAAGUUCAUAUGUGCACUUAUUAUAAAU